CACUCUUGAAAAUACAGAGAAAGCAUCCUCUGUAUAAACCAGUGAACACAAACAAAACCCAGGCCAUUUGUUUGAAAACUGAACCAAACCAGAUACCAGUGUAUCUGUAACUGGUGAAGUCUAACACUGAAUCAGAUGGAUGUGUUUAAUUCUUCUUCUUCUUCUUCAUCCGCCAAUGGCGACAAUCCUCUCAAGGACGAAUGCGAACGCACGAUUAAGAAGACUUUCAAUACUUUUAAGGGUGACAAAGCUAUCAAUGAAUGCGAACGCAUGAUUCAGAAGGGUCUCAAAACUCCAACGGCGAGAUUCUUAAGGGAACAUUUGGCCAAAGCUGGGUGUCCUGUCCAAGACAAUUUCUUCAAAGCUAUUAAUUGCGAAGUAUCCAUUGCCGGAGGUUUCGUUCCUGGUGAAGGGAUAGUUGUGUGUGCAAAUAAGAUACAAUUACAAGACCAGGUUAACCAGGUGAUAGUUCAUGAGCUAAUUCAUGCAUUUGAUGACUGCCGAGCUGCAAACUUGGAUUGGACUAAUUGUGCUCACCAUGCUUGUAGUGAGAUAAGAGCUGGUCAUCUAAGUGGUGAUUGUCAUUACAAACGGGAACUUCUACGAGGACAUUUGAAUCUACGAGGGCAAGAACAAGAAUGCAUCAAAAGGAGAGUUUUGCAAUCAGUGACUUCAAAUCCAUCUUGUUCUGCUUCAACUGCCAAGGAUGCUAUGGAAGCUGUAUGGGAAACUUGUUAUAACGAUACAGCGCCUUUUGAUAGAGCUCCUUAAAGAUUGUGAUUCUUGCUUAUUUGGAUUUCAAGCAUGGCACAUGCCAGGGUGCGCAAGGGACUCAAGCAUGGCGCAUGCAGCCCGUUGGAUUAGUAAGUUCCACAUAAGAUUAUCAUGAUCUUCCAUGUUUUACGACUGAUACAAUGAUUUGAUCAUUAUAAACUCCAUAAAAACAAGCGAAAUCAAAUACAAAUUGAUUUUAAGACAAAUAAUUAUUUUAUAUUGUUUUAGGAUGCAACAUUGAUUGGGCACCAUCUCAAUAAUUUAUAAUACUCCUCCCUCUGGUCCUAUUUAUAAGAAACAUUUUACUUUUUCGAUUCAUUGCAUAAAUGAUGUAUUUGGUCUAUAUUCUAUACCAAGCACAUUAAUUACUCAAUAAAUCAUCUACCAAAAAAAAAAUAAAAAAUUACAUGACUCCUCAAAACUACAUUAAUUACUCAAUAAAUCUAAAAAGUCAACUUUUUCUUAUAAAUAGGACCGUAGGGAGUACAAAUUACAUGAUUCCUCAAAACUUACUUGUUCUCACGAUUGAGAUGGUGCCCAAUCAAUGUUGCAUCGUAAAACAAAAUAAAAUUAUUAUUCUGCCUCAAUCAAUUUGUAUUUGUUUUCUCUUGUUUUUUUUAGAGUUUAUCAUUGUCUAUGUCGUAAAAACAUGGAAGACUCCAAGCAUCUACUUAAAAAAAAGGUGGCAAUGUUGCUGGUCGGCAAAUUUUUUAAGCGAUUUUCAAGCUUGAAUCUAUCGUAAAUCACAUGAGACAGUUUCCCAACCUAACAAUUAUUUGAUAGUAGACUUUCAUUUCUCUUAUUGCAAAGCAAUUUCCACUGCAGUUCCAUCAAAGCUUCAAAACUCCAACUUCAACUUUGAAACGCAUCCAUCAUGUUUUCACUAGAAAAACAACAUGGAUGCUACGGUGGGAGACCUUGUCAUAUGUCUCACCAUGUGCGAGAAUUAUUUGCCAUUAGAUUAAAAAGUUCCAUGGAUGGAUUGACAACACUCUAUUUGUUUUAUUUUGUUCUCUAAUUAUUCUCUUUUUUGGCACAA